GUCCCCCGGGAGCACCCGAGGCGGAGGCGCCCACCGGCUCCGGCUGUUUCGUCGGGACCGAGCGGCGCCCUGCGCGCUCCAGAGGCUGCGGGGCUGGGGCGCGGCCGGGGCGUCCUCCCUCUGCCCCUGCGUCGGGGGCGGCGGUGACUCUGCGAAAGCGCUCAGAGAUGGGAUGGAGGAGGUUGCGCCCAGAUACGAGCCCGGCGCCGAGCUCCCGAGGGCGUGGCGCGGGGCCGCGCGGACUCGGGCGCCCGAGCGUCGCGGGAGCCACGUGUGGGCAGCGCUUUGUGCUGUGUCACUGCGCCAGGCUGGGCUGGGGGGCGGGGCGGGGCUCCUCCCAGGCCUGGGUAGGGGCGCGAGGAUGCCGAGCCCGCCCCGCCUCCCCCGCCUCCCGGCAGGUGCCAGCCGCUCGCGGGUCUCCGCGCCUGGCCGCCCUGUUUCUUCUCCGCAGGUGCUGGCCCGGCUGGGGGUCGCCAGCCAGUGGCGCUUCGAGGACGUGCUGGGACUGGAGGAGGAGUCUCUGGGCUCGGUGCCAGCGCCUGCCUGCGCGCUGCUGCUGCUCUUCCCUCUCACGGCCCAGCAUGAGAACUUCAGGAAAAAGCAGAUUGAAGAGCUGAAGGGACAAGAAGUCAGUCCUAAGGUGUACUUCAUGAAGCAGACCAUUGGCAACUCCUGUGGAACCAUUGGACUCAUUCAUGCAGUGGCCAAUAAUCAGGACAAACUGGAGUUCGAGGAUGGGUCAGUUCUGAAACAGUUUCUUUCUGAAACAGAGAAGUUGUCCCCUGAAGACAGGGCAAAAUGCUUUGAAAAGAAUGAGGCCAUCCAAGCAGCCCAUGAUGCCGUGGCACAGGAAGGCCAAUGUCGGGUAGAUGACAAAGUGAAUUUUCAUUUUAUUCUGUUUAACAACGUGGAUGGCCACCUCUAUGAACUUGAUGGACGGAUGCCUUUUCCGGUGAACCAUGGCACUAGUUCCGAGGACUCACUGCUGCAGGACGCCGCCAAGGUCUGCAGAGAAUUCAUUGAGCGUGAGCAAGGGGAGGUCCGCUUCUCUGCCGUGGCCCUCUGCAAGGCAGCCUAAAGCCCCGAGGGGCGCACUUCGCUUUCUCCCCCGUUCCCUUCAUCGUGAAAGUAUAUCCCUACCUAUAUGGUCUAAAAUGCUUCCGUACUUGUAGAGCACAGCUGUUCUCCUUCGGUUCUGCAGAUAAGCGCUUACCCUCAAGCUCGCCCACGCACUAGCAGAGCUCAGCUGGCGAUCGAGCAAGUUUGGUGUCAGCCUCCGACGGCGAAGCAUUUCCCUCAUUGUGUGUCCUGUACCUCAGUAUCUGAUGCUUUAAUGGCUCCUUUCGUUGGUGUCUGUAAGUUAAGGCCUUGGAUGUGGUUUAAUCGUCCUUAAAAGGAAUAAAAUUUUUCUGCUGAUAAG